AUGGAACCAAAGCAGGCAUGUGCAGCCAAGUUAAGAGUAGUCAUAGUCGGCGGCGGCCUUGCUGGGCUGACACUUGCGAAUGCACUACAACAUGCCAACAUCGACUACGUGGUUCUUGAGAGAUCCAGUGACAUUGCGCCCCAAGUCGGUGCUUCGUUGGCCACGGCCGGCAAUGGCAAUCGCAUCCUUGACCAGCUUGGUGUGUAUGAGCAAAUGCAAAAAGACAUGGUACUGCUGGAGUGGAUGCACGACAGAAACUCUGAUGGGAUAAGCUUUUCAAAACACGACGCUGCCCCCUUGAUGCAUAAGAGACUGGGCUACCCCAUUAGCUUUCUCGAUCGGCAGAAGAUCCUCGCCGGCUUGUACGACAAGAUCAAGGACAAAUCGAAAAUCAUUCUAGGCAAGAAGCUUUUGACGGUGGAGCAGGUAGCAGCUGGUAUCAUAGCCACCUGUGAAGAUGGCUCCUCCUUUAAUGGGGAUAUCAUCGUCGGCGCAGACGGUGUCCGUAGUAAAGUACGCAAUGAAAUGUGGCGGUACGCGGACGAACACGAUCCUGGAAGAUUCAACAACGCAGAAAAGCUUUCAAUAAAAUCUGAAUACAAGUGCCUUUUUGGCAUCUCAAAGGGACUCAAAUCGCUUGACCCCAAAGACUAUCAUAUUACGUACGGAAUCGACAACUCUUUUCUCACAGCUGGAGGCAAGGAGCAAAAGACAUACUGGUUUAAUUUUCAGAAGAUGGACAAAGAAUACCAAGCACAGGAUAUCCCACGAUUCUCGCAGGCCGACACCGAAGAGUAUGUUGCUGCGAAUAGGCAUCGAAAAGUGACGGGAGACGUCACACUUGGCGAUCUUUGGGACCACAGGAUCUCAGCAACACUACUCGCCCUAGAAGAAGGUUAUUUUGAUCACUGGACCUCUGGUCGCUUUGUUUGUGUUGGGGACUCUGUUCACAAAAUGACACCUAACUUAGGCCAGGGCGGCAAUAACGCAAUUGAGAGCGUAGCCGCUCUUGCGAACAGCUUGAAAAAGAUGAUCGAUUCGACAGAGCCCGGUACUAGACCAUCCUCGGAUGAUAUUCAGCAGGCGCUGUCAGAGUAUGAGUCUCGACGUGCUCUCCGAUCUAAAGUGAUCCUCACUCUUGCCAACGGAACAACCCGUACGCAAGCCUUGAGGAACAGACUAGAUUGGAUACUCAGCCGAUAUAUCGUGCCUUCAGCAGGCGACUUUUUCGCCAAUCUCGCCUGCGGCAAUAUGAUUGGAGCUGAAAAGCUGGACUACCUCCCUGUUCCCCCGAGAUCUUUGGAGGCAACAAUGCCUUACAAUCAAGCACAGGGUGUCGGCCAUUCCGAAUCUAAGACACGGAGAGCACUGAUUGCUUUACCCUUGUUGAUCCUGAGUAUUCUUGCCUGGUUGACUAUGGCACCAGUACUUGAAGCAUCGAUUGAUAUUGUGGUUAAUAAAUCAGUGGUGCCCCGGAUGGUGGCACAGCUCAAUGGUGUAACCCUUGACUUGACACAGUCCGUCUAUCACAUUGCUAUCCUGGGAAACAAAACCUUACCACUUCGUGAUAUGUUUCUGCCGGCCAUCUUAGACGUUGACCCGGCACUGCGAGCAAGAUUACUCGGGUUUCUGAUAGAAACGGCGCCAAUUUAUAUGAUAUGGCUCUUCGAAGCUUACCGACGCUCAAACGUUCUUACUUUCUUGCAACUACCACUUGUCUUUGCACUACUUUUCCAAUUCCAUGGGAUUAGCGUGGUAGGACCAAUAUACUUCUUCCUUCAUUACAUCCACUCCCCCAUUGAGAGUUAUGCAGCCUCUGAUCUGCGGUUGGUCCGGAUGAACUAUGCAAAAUCGAUCCCGUACGCUGUGAUUUGCGGUUACAUUUUGCCAACAUUUAUCAUAUUUAAUUGGCCCAACUUGAACCAACGGAUACUUUUCACGGAACUGUGGCAAUUAUUUCCACUCUGGACGGCCAUCCUACUCGAAGGCUUCGCGCUUUGUGUAAAGGACGAGACCCAGCAAGUCCGGCUUUCAAACCCCAAAGUAGAUUUGCCCUAUACACGAUUUGCAACAUGUACUAUUGGCUGUAUUUCAGCCGCGGCCCGUCUCCUGCAUAUUAUUUCUCGGCCUGCGAGCUUGGUCGACAGUUUACAGGCAUAUGUGCAAUAUGUACCAGAGUUGUCUGACCUUACCAACGGCGUCGUCAAAGUUUGCAACUAUGACUAUUCUCUAUUUUUUGCAAGUGGGAUUAUCUGGAUGCUACUCUUAUUUCGCGACCUGAAGACAGCAGGCAUGGAAUCAGUCAAUUGGCCAAAAUUACUAAUAUGUCUUGCAGUCUUACUGGUCAGUUUUGGCCCAGGUGCAACUAUUCUCGGGUUCUGGUAUUGGCGCGAGGGAGUAAUUGCAGAAAAGAAGGAACGAAAUGCUAUUGUAGCGACACUGUGA